AUGAGUUUGUGCUCUGAUCGCAGCGACAUAAUAGAAGAGGAGAAGGUUUUGGAGGACUUGACGUCCAAUGUGAAGCAAAUACAAGACAAUGUAUUGGAGGAGAUACUCACACUUAACGCUAACACCGAGUAUCUUCGACGUUUUCUCCAUGGGAGUUCUGACAAAGAGCUCUUUAAGAAGAACGUUCCCAUGUCGACCUACGAGGAUGUUAGGCCUUUUAUCCAGCGUGUCGCGAAUGGAGAGCCCUUUGAUGUUAUUUCUGGAAAACCCAUUACCAGAUUUCUUCUAAGUUCCGGAACCUCGGGAGGAAAACGGAAGAUGUUUCCUUGUAACAACAAGUAUUUGGAAAACUUGAAUUCAUCUACUAUUAUCGCUCGCUCACAUAUUGAUGGCCUCGAGCAUGGAAAGGGAAUGGAGUUUAACUUUUGUACACCAGAGAACACAAUUUCUUCUGGUUUGCCCGCCUCAGCUGCUACGACGAGCUUCUUCAAGAGUGAUUAUUUCAAGAACCGACCAUCGUAUUGGCAUUGGUCAUACACAAGUCCUGAUGAAGUUAUAUUAUGUUCAGACAACAAACAGAGUUUAUACUGUCACCUUCUGUGUGGUAUUGUUCAAAGAGACGAGGUAGUGAAGGUUGGUGCCGCCUUUGUUUCUAUCCUGGUCCGAGCAAUCAUUUUUCUUGAAAAGUUUUGGAAGGAAAUUUGCACUAAUAUCCGUUCAGGUUCUCUUAGCAUGUGGAUCGCUGAUAUUAGCUGUAGGGAUUCUGUUUCAAAAAUCCUUGGAGCAGCUAAUCCCGAAUUGGCAGAUCUCAUCGAAAACGAAUGCAACCAAAAAUCAUGGGAAGGUAUAAUCCCAAGACUUUGGCCUAAAACCAAAUUCAUUGAAAGCAUUGCAACUGGUCAAAUGGCUCAACACAUCCCAACAUUGGAGUUUUACUCCAACAAGCUGCCUUUGAUUUCAUCGAGUUACGUUUCUUCUGAAACAAUGUUUGGGAUUAACAUGAAUCCUCUAUGCAAACUAGAAGAUAUAUCCUACACAUUUAUGCCGAAUUUGUCAUAUUUCGAGUUCCUACUUGUUGAUGGGGGCAAAAAAAUCGAAAUUGUUGAUCUUGUGGAUGUCAAGUUAGGGUGCUAUUACGAGCCCUUGGUCACAAAUCAUUCUGGCUUACACAGAUAUAAGAUGAGUGAUAUUUUAAAGGUGACUGGAUUUUACAAUAGUGCACCUCAGUUUAGAUUUGUGCGUAGAGACAAUCUGGCUCUAAGUGUUCACUUGGAGAUAACUACGGAUGAAGAACUUUUAAAUGCGGUGGGACGUGCAAAGAUGAUUCUUGAAUCAUCAAAUUUGAUGUUGAUGGACUUCACAAGCUAUGCCGAUAUCUCGAUUGUUCGAGGUCAUUAUGUUCUUUACUGGGAGCCCAAAGCAAAAUACAACAAUGAUGUAGCUGAAAUUGAUAAUAAGGUUUUAGUAGAUUGUUGCUAUGUGGUGGAGGAAUCAUUGAACAACUUUUAUAGAGAAUUCAGGGGUAAAGACGGAUCAAUUGGAGCUCUUGAGAUAAGGGUGGUGCAACAAGGAACUUUCGAUGCUCUCAUGGAGUUUUUCAUCACUCAAGGUGCUUCUUCAACUCAAUACAAAACCCCCAUUUGCAUCAAAUCUUCCGAGGCCUUAGCGAUGUUAGAAAAAAAGGUCCGGGCUCGAUUUUUUACUGAUAAGUCCCUUCUUUUGGAAUGA